UAUUUGACUUUGACAUUUGUGGGAACAACAAAACUUUGCAGUUUGCUUUGCCACUUUUGAUUAGGAAUAAUCGAUUAAAACAUGUUAUUUUACUCGUUUUUCAAAUCCCUCGUCGGUAAGGACGUUGUGGUGGAGUUAAAAAAUGAUCUCAGCAUUUGUGGGACCCUUCAUUCAGUGGACCAAUAUCUGAAUAUAAAGUUGUCGGACAUAAGCGUCAUAGACCCCGACAAAUAUCCUCACAUGUUAUCGGUGAAGAACUGUUUUAUAAGAGGCUCUGUCGUACGCUACGUGCAGUUACCCGCAGAUGAAGUGGACACACAGCUUCUCCAAGAUGCGGCAAGAAAAGAAGCUACCGUCUCAACAAGAUAGGACAUUUUAACCUAAAUUGCUAACCCUGAGUCCCGGAGUGUCUUACUGGUUUGAAGUGUAUGUAAAUAUUAUUUAAGUGUAAGCUUUACAAAAUAAAAAGAUAUGUGAAUUAAA